AUGUCAAAAAGAAGCAAGAUCGGCCCGGAGGUCUUUUCGUGUGAGUCGUGCCGGACGAAGAAGCUGAAAUGCAGCCGUGUUCAUCCCUGCUCGAACUGUACGUCUCGAGGCAUCACUUGCGGGUUCCUGACCUCUCCGGAGAAGCGGCAGACUACAGUCCAUCGUGACGCUGAUGAAGGUAUUACGAGCCUCUUGCGCAGAGUCGAGCGAUUGGAGAAUGCGCUGUUACGGGAUGGGACCACACCAGCGCUUCGGAUCAACGACGAACUGCAGCAUUCAACCUUAGACGGACCCGCUGCAACCAAUUCAGGCACUGGCAAAACAGCGAGAGACGAUGACCUGGACACUCUUGAGAAUCUUGCUCCUGGCCACAACACCGCCCUCACUUUCGAUUCACCCAGAUAUGAGAUCAAAACGACCUAUGAGAUCCUUGGGAGCGUCUCUUCGCACGCUUCUUUCAGCCCCAUAGCUCUCCCGCCAUAUCGAGCAGCAGUUUCACUUCUCGACUCAUUCGAAGCAAACGUUGAGCCAGUGUGUCCAGUCAUACACCGCGAAUCUAUACGAUCCAUGACGAAGACUGUCUACUUGGCCCUCGCCCAAAGACAACCGCUUGUACCCAGUCAGGCGGCAUUACUCCUGGCCCUGUUCUCGCUGAGCGCUUUCUUCUACCGGCACCACAACUCCCCACAGGUUGCAAGUACCGAUAACGAAUGCGCGAGGCUCUCCGGGUAUUGGGGACACUGUGCCUUGCAGGCCAUCAAUCACUCGCACCAAGCAGCGGCAGGCACCUUGGAAGACCUCCAAGCGCAUAUCCUGAUGUCGUACGUCUCGUUUCAUGUGGAAGGCUUCUCGGCAAUACGCCAUCGCCAGAUCAAUAUGGCAGUCUUUCUUACGAGGUCCCUUCGUCUCCAUCGGCUGGACAGCGAGCCCCAUGGAGAACCAUUGAAACCGCUCAACGUCUCCCAGCUAAUCGAGCUCGAGACAAAGCGAAGGGCGUUCUGGCAUGUCGCGGCAACAGAAUGGCUGGAGUCGACCAUGUCCGGCCCACAAGAAGGAAUGUACUUCAUUCACCCGAGCCAUGUUCAUGUCAACCUGCCUGGAGACUUCACUGGUUCAACGCAUGAACCUGGGAGCCAGUCUGAUCUGGCCGGCCCGCCCAACACUUCGACUUUCCUACUUGCGAAGAUCCAACUCGCCCAUCUCUGCCGUGAGACGACGGACUUGAUACCUCUGGAGACGUGCAAGGUGAUGCAGAUGCCUUACGAGCAUGUGAUCGAUCUGGAUGGCAAGUUCAGAACCUACGUGGCAGAUCUGCCGUUUUUCUUCCGUGCAGAUGAGGCCAGUCGAGCACAAAGCAAGCCGCUCGAGAUGGUGUACCCAGGCAUUACAACCAUGCGGUAUUGGAUCCAGACAGCUACUCACAGCAGAAGAUGCAGGCUUCACCAAAGAUUCUUGCUGCGAUUGUCCUCAGAUCCUCGGUACGUUUACUCAAGGCAAGCAUGUCUGGAAUCCGCACGAGUAGUCAUCGGCGCCUUCGCCGAACCUCAAGGCGCUGACGACUCACCGUCUCUGGCUAGGGCACGAAUGGAGAUGGUGGUACAUCAUACGCAUCUCGCGGUGGUAGUCCUGGUUAUGGAUCUGUGCUCCAACAAGGCCGAAGCGGCUCGCGAUAGAAUCGGGAAUGAGGUUGCAGCGGCUCUAGGGACGUUGCAUGAUGCUACAGCCGUCUCGGAGCAUGCAGCAAGGUCGUUGGAGUCGCUGAAGCAGAUGCUCCACAAGCACAGUGUGUUCGUCCCAACUGUCGUCCACAUUGGAGGUACUGCUCGCAGGCAAACAUCGCUGGAACAAACCCUUGUGCUUCAAGCCUCUACGAAUUCGAGCGAUGCCACUGCGACUGUCCAACAUCAAUCGUUCGAUCCUUACACCAACUACAACGACGUCAGCGACAUGGACUUCAGCACAAGUGACUGGGAUGAGCUCUUUGCGAGCCUUGACUCAAGGCCCCUUUAA